AUGACAAUCGGGUGGAUAAAGUUCCGCUUCGCCGAGUUCAAGGAAAAAGCACUUGAUAAAUCAAUCUCGAACGAUCAAUUGCACUUGGCAUUCGGGGGACUUUGCGCAGACCUUCAAUGGAUUUACGAAUAUAUUCUUGAGAAGAAAACUGACAAGUUGCCCAAGGAUUUUGCCAGACCUUUGGAAAGAAUCAAGAAAGACGCAGAAAUGCUUAAAGAACUCAUUCGUGUAGUUCGAACUUACGCCAUUGUCCUUCUGGAGCAGACCGAUAGGGACCCGAUUAAAGACAUUGCGCCGCAAUUGGAUGCCUUCAACUUUUGCGUCCACAUUGCACGAGGUGACAUUCAACGUGCCUUCGAUUUUGGGUAUUAUUACCCAUAUAAGAAAAGACGUCCUCCUUACAGUAGUGCAGUCUGA